AUGUCCGACAUAGCAGCACCCAGACGAUCCCACUGGGCCAUCCGCGGCGCCCCCGGACCCGAUCAAUGCAGUCUCGCCCUCCGCGCCCUCGCCCCAGGUCUAAACAUCACCACCAUCCUUCUCGCGCGAGGCGUGAUUCCAGAUAAGGGAUCGGAAAUGCGUAUCCCUGCGCAUGCACGAGAUCUAGCGUUGGCUGCGAUACGUCUCCCUCCUCUUCAACCUCCUCAUCUCCACCCUUCCAAAAGUCCAAGUCCGAAUCAUCAAUCGGCAUCCCUCGGCAUCGCCCUCGAAACCACCACCAUCAUCCUCCUAUGCCGCACACAUAUUCCCUCAGUCAACGCGAUCUCGGGCGUGAUCAGCAGCGCCGAGGGAAUCGGCCUCGUGCUCUCCGUCGUCGCGCUCACGUAUACGUUUAGCACUGAGGUUGUGGUUGCAAGGUGGGCGAUGCUUGUGCAGGGAGCUGUUGUGCUCAUUUAUCUAGGCAAGGGGCAGUAUUACUCGAAUAAGGAGUUGUUCACGAGGGCGAAGGCGAAUGCUGCCGUCAAAGUUAGUGUGGACGCAGAGCAGCCCGGGUAUAGGUCAGAGGAGGAUUCUAGGUCGGAGGAGGAUUCUAGUACCGAGGAGGAGUAUGAUUCUGCAUGA